AUGGCUGAACCCCCUCACCUGUCUCCGGACGCUCUGGCACUCCCGACCCCGCUCCCACAGGAGCAGCUUCACCUCCCAACAUGUCACUUCUUUCUGAAAUGUCAAGUUUGUUUCCUUUUAGCCCGCAAAUUCACAGACAAGCACGAAUGGAUAUCUGUGGAAAAUGGCAUUGGAACAGUAGGAAUCAGCAAUUUUGCGCAGGAAGCAUUAGGAGACGUUGUUUACUGUAGUCUUCCAGAAGUUGGGACAAAAUUGAGUAAACACGAUGAGUUUGGGGCUUUGGAAAGUGUGAAAGCUGCUAGUGAACUCUACUCCCCUCUCUCAGGAGAAGUGACUGAGAUUAAUGGUGCCCUUGCAGAUAAUCCAGGGCUUGUCAAUAAAUCCUGUUAUCAAGAUGGUUGGCUUAUCAAGAUGACUGUGGCAAACCCUGCUGAACUUGAUGAACUGAUGACUGAAGAUGCCUAUGAGAAAUACAUAAAAUCCAUUGAGGACUGAGCUGGAAUAAUGAAAUAAAUUCAUAUAAAAUAUCUCAGUGUAGUUUGUCAUCAAUUAAGGAAAUACUGAAUAUCCAGUUUUGGCAACUUGAAAAAUACCACUUAAGAUUACAUAUACAAGACUAUAAAUAAUUGCAGUGACAAAUGUGUUUCACAUCUGUGUGCCUGUGAGGGUUUUUUAUUCUGUUGUCCGAUUCAUGUAACUGCAGAUGUUAUAUAUAAUAUUUUGGGAAACAAAAUUCACUUGCUAAAAUAUACAUUUCCAUAGAUUCAUUUGACUUCAAAUUCAGUAAUAACAUCCUUGAUAUGGCGAUUUUGUUGUAGGCACAUAACUGUUCUCAUAACCUGGACUAGUUUUCCUGAAAUACUUUUCUAUUGCUCCCAAAUAAUUGAAAAGCAGUGUCUUCCUAACCUACUCAUGUUCUUUCUUAGGGUUGCAAAGAUGAUACCAAAAAAAGGAGAAGCCAUAUCAACUACCUCUCUGUGUGAUUUUUAUUUCUUUACAGAACUUACUAAUCCUUUGAUUUCCUUCCCUUUUUUUAAAUUGUGUAAUCAAAGAGUCCUGCCUGUGAGGCAGGAGGGAUGGGGGUCCUGCCUUCCCCUUUCUGUGCUUUCUUAGUGUGCAAAGCUCCUGCAGUGAUUAUUUUUCAAGGUUCUACAGUGGAUUAUUUAGCCUGUAUUUUUGUCUAAUAAAUGCUACCUAAGUCACAAGUAA